AGAGGCGCCGUGGAGUGCGAGGCGGAAGGUCGUGCUGGUCGCGUGGCAGUCGUAGAGGGAGGUCGUAACUUCUGACGCAGGCGUGGUGGUGUGCAAAGUUUAUUUACAACGCGUGUGUGUGUGCGAGUGUGUGUGUGUGCGUGUGUGUGUGUGUGUGUGCGUUUGUGUGGCGCCGCGGGGCACACUCACGCCGUGCGAUUCGGGUGUGGCGAGGCGCGCGGUACGGACACAGCACCUGGGCGACACUGGGCAGACUGACGAGAGUAAAUAGCGGGGAUACGUGGCGGUAGAUCCGAUACAACUGUGAAGGAAGGAAAGAGUGCAGCAGUGAAACAAAGACACCAAGCAGUGGGCAGUGUGACACCAAGCGAGGAAAGCAGGGAAGCAUGACAGUGAAAUAAGUGGAGGAAGCGACAGUGAAGCGAAGGACAGACAGAAAGAGAAAGAGAGAGAGAGAGAGAGAGAGACUACAAGAGCAUCCUCCAAUCACACCUCGUCAAAAUGGAAGGUAAUAAUGAAGUGAAGGAAGCCGCCCCAGCCGCCGCCGACCCCCCGCCACCCACAGGGGACGGCGAGACGGUGGACCAGCCCCCGCCGCCCCCGCCCACAAGAAGCAACCGAAGGACUGGCUGGCGGUGGGCGGCAUUGGUAUUGAGAAGAGGAGACGAUCAUCCAACGCCUCCUACAGGAUCGAGAACAACAAGGUCCUGAUCGACACCCCAGAUGGCGUACAGGAGCUGGAGAUCAUGGGCAGCAAGGACAGGCACGGCAUCUUCAGGCAGGCCGUACCCGUGCUGCCCAUGCCCCUGGCCGUGUUGUGCCUCAUCCUUAGCUUCGUGCCUGGCCUGGGAACGUUCGUGGCGGGCCUGCUGGUGCUGUGUGGAGGUUUCGCGACGGAGUACCCGAGCAGGAUGCAGGGCGCCUGCUGGAACCUGCUGGCGGCCCUGCUGAUGGUGGUGCUGGCGCCCAUCCUGGUGGGACUCAUCUGGUCCGUGCAGCGAGGCGUCAUCAUCCUGCAGGAAUCCAUGAAGCAGAACAUAGAGGAGCGUGAGGCCAAGCAGGAGGAGGCAGCGUAGAGAGGCAGGAACACACUACCCAAAGCCGUCUCCUUCAGAACUCCUCCUCCUGCGUGUUGUUUUCGGGUCUUCCCUUCAUCUCCAAUGCAGCGAGGAGGAUUCUGCCACACGAGGGAGUCUCCUGUACCUCCUCCUCCUCCUCUUUCUCCUCCUCCUCCCUCUCCACCCCAUUGCUCGCUCAGGGGAAGGUCGGGGAAGCACCACCAUCGAGUCAAAAGUUAUUCCGCGUCACGAGAUGAGAUUCUUGGAUCGUGAUCUCAAACUCUUCGGCGUCUUGUCUACACUAUUUUUCAAAGCCUCUUGUGGAAGUUGUUAUGGGUUUUUCAAGGGGGUAUUCAUGAUUCUAGUGAUAAUUCAUAAAGGAUUCUGUAUUGUCAGCGGAAGAAAAAUACUCAUGCAAACCUGGCUAAGGGCUAUAUUCUGAAACACUUCUGCGCUGCACCUCUGCUAAUUUCUAAAUGCUCUAGUUGAAGUUACAUGGGUUUUUAAGGGUGUUUUUAAGGUUCUAGUGACAGAUGGACAAGAUUUCUACAUUAUGAACAGGAGAAGCUCUCUUGAGAACUCGGGUAAUCAUUUCCGUGGCCUUUGAAAAUAGUCGUGGUGAGAAAGCAAGGUGUUUCUGAAUACGGGGCUAAUUAUCUGUGUCCUUUGGAAAUGUCUGAGGCUCCAGAGCGUUUCAGAAUACGAAUCCUUGCUCAUCUCGACCUCAUGACCUCACCUUCAUUUUUUCUUUUAUGUACAGUGACCUCAAUAAUUUUUCGUGUAAUAAUUUUGUAUACUUAAGAUUUGUUAUCGAUUUUCAUUAGUUCCCAUGUAUUCUUUGCCGUUAUUUUUGUAUCCUCAUUAGUUUUCAUGUGACUUAACCUUGUAUACUUAUUUUGUUAUCAAUCUUGUCGUUUUUUUUAUUGUGUUUCAGAGACUUUUCUUCUUAUUGCUCCAGAAUUAUUUGUUUUGCACUUUUUCAUUCACAAGUGCAUUUUUAUAUUAUUUUUUUUUUUACGGUUCGUGUCCUGUAUUCCUCCUUAAUUUUCCGUAUUUCUGUAUCCUCAAAGGUUUCUUAAUCGAUAGUUUUCCCCCUGUAGUUUCCCCAUUUAUAUAUUCCUCAAGGUCUGAGUGCCCAGGUUUCCUCGCCAUAGUUUCUAUAACCACCAGUACUUACUACAUCUUACCCUGUAUUCAUACUUUCCAUACAGUUUUAUAAAGUCCUCAAGAUCUAUCACAUUUCCUCAACACAGUUUCGCUAACUACCUAAACGGACCUCCUCGUAUUAUUUGCAAGAUUCCUCGUGUCUGUAUCUCCAUAGUGAUUCUUGCAUCCACCCGUAUUGUAUUCCCCAAGGUUUGUACUUCCCCGUGUUGUUCUGUCCACCUCCACCUUCCUUUGUAUCUCGUCCAGGGAUCUUAUGGCCCUGUUUUACCCUCAACAUCCAGUAUUCACAUAUAUUAUACCUGGAUUCUUGUAUUUUCUAUGUCUCAUCCAUGCUUUGUAUACGUAGUAAGUGUACGUUUAUAUAUUUUUUUUCUCAUUUUUCAUUAAUAGUGUGUGAUUUAACACAUCUUUUUUUAUAUAUAUAUUAGUCUUGUUAUGAAAAAGACGAAUUUAUUUACGAUGCAUUUAUAGGGUAGACAUUUCUUUUGUAUAAUUGAUGCAAGGAUUACAAAGACGAGUUUUAUUAUUUAUUUUGUACCAAGGCAAACGUCUCGCUGUUACUUUCUGCCUUUGCAACGGCACCUCUUCUUGUCUCUCCCUAUAACUCCCUUAUUACUUUCCUCUGUUGCCUUAUUUUACAAAAGUUAUAUUCUAUCCUUUAUGAUUCUCUUUCUUUUUUUUUUUUUUUCUCUUGCGAUUGCCUGGACAUCAAACAUCAUUCUGGAGACAAACAGCACGACGCAACACAACACAACACAACACAACACAACACAACACAACACAACACAACACAACACAACACAACACAACACAACACAACACAACACAACCACCUCGCAAGAACUGUGAUUGCAUUAUCAUACAUUUCGAGGUCUCAUUAAUACCUAAGAGUUUCACAAGACCUGUACAUCGCCAUUAGAAAAAAAAUACCCAUGAAAGCCAAACCAAUAAUAUGUUAAAUUAAUAGAAUAUUCAGUAAUAUUUUACUUAUUAUACUGACAGUUUCAAAAAGUCUGUACAUCAAUUGAAAAAAAGCCUUGAAAACCAAACUCAUAACCUCUGUGAAGAUAAUAAGAUACUCAGUGAUAUUUUAAUGGUUAUACUGAUGGUUAAAAAAAAGAAAAUAGCCAUGAAAAUUACACUAUGAUAUAAUAUCAAUUUCUCUGUGGUCUUUCAAAAACAAUCCUUAAUGAGAGACUGAGGUGUUCCAAAAUACCAGUCCUGUGUUGAUCCGACGUCCUUAAUUAACUUCGUAGUGAGCACCUGAAAGCUUCAUUACCCUUCAUGUUCACUACACCUGACAUGUUUUGUUAUUAGUUGGACUUGAGACUAAUGGAAGUUGCCAAUUGAUACCUGGAGCUUCCUGUCACCUGCCGAUCUUGUCACCUACACACACACACACACACACACACACACACACACACACACACACACACACACAAA